UUCCCGCAUGGAAAAAUGCCCCAGCGGGUGCCCCCGGCCUGGCACUCGGACAUGCAGCUGCCCGGGAAGCUGCUCCUGUCGGCGGCCGCGCUGCUGCUCCUGUCCCUGGCCUUCAGGUUUUAUAGGAACCGCUCGCCUCCCCCGGGAAAAAUCCCGCCGGGAGAGCGGCGGGAAAGCCGGGAUGGGGAUGGGGAAAACCGGGAUGGGGAUCUGAGGAGGAGGAGGGAUGGCGGCGACAAAUCUGGGAAUGGCCUCGGGAUGCGGCACGCGGCUCUCCGGGGGGAGAAGAGUUUUCCAAGGAGUGAGGAGGAGGAGGAGGAAGGAGAGGAGGUGGGUUCGGAGCUAGCCAUGAUUCCCAGGAAAGCCCCGCUCCGUCCGGCCGGGACAGGGAGGGAGGUGGGAACUAAAGUGGGAUGGAAAUUGGGAAUUAAUUCAGAAAGCGAAGCAGGGGUUGAGCUGGGGAACGAUCCAGGGAGCAGGACGGGAAGCGAGCUGGGAAAAGAGCCGGGAAUCAAGUCGGGAAGCAGGCUGGGAAUCAAGCCGGGAAAUAAUCCAGGAAGGAAGCCAGGAAGUGAGCCAGAAUUGGUAACGAAGCCAGGAAAUGAGUCGGGAAGUGAGCAGGCAAACGAGCCGGGAAUCGAGCUGGGAAAUAAAUUGGGAAUGAAGUCAGGAAUGGAGCUGGGAAGUGAGAAGGGAAGCGAACCAGGAGGCAAAGUGGGAAGUGAGCUGGGAGGUAAGGCAGGGAUACAGCUGAGACGCGGGCCGGGAGUUCUGCUGGGAGGCAAGGCAGGAGUGGAGGUGGGAAUUUCUCCGGAAAGUGAGCUGGGAGGCAAGGCAGGAGUGGAGGUGGGAAUUUCUCCGGAAAGUGAGCUGGGAGGCAAGGCAGGAGUGGAGGUGGGAAUUUCUCCGGAAAGUGAGCUGGGAGGCAAGGCAGGAGUGGAGGUGGGAAUUUCUCCGGAAAGUGAGCUGGGAGGCAAGGCAGGAGUGGAGGUGGGAAUUUCUCCGGAAAGUGAGCUGGGAGGCAAGGCAGGAGUGGAGGUGGGAAUUUCUCUGGAAAGUGAGCUGGGAGGCAAGGCAGGAGUGGAGGUGGGAAGUGAGCUGGGCUCUCACGACCCCGGGGCCGAGGCCGCAGCCCGGGGCCGCCCCGCGGAGAGGGACAGGGACGCGCCUGCCCCGAGCUCCGCGGGUUCCCCGGGGAUUUGCGAUGCCCGGGCUGAGGGGGAUGGAUGCGCGCAGAGCGCGGAGCAGGAUCCGGCUGGAGCCGGGAGGAGCAGCCAGGGCAGCUCGGGCACCGUCCGGAGCCUCAGCGUCACCUCCAGCCUGGGGCUGCUGCUGGCGGCGAGCGAGGCGGGCUCGGACACCUCCUACUGCUUCUCCUCGGUGGCCAAGAUCCAGGUGGAGGAGAACUUCAUCCCGGAGCGCCGCGACAAGGACAGGGACAGCUCGCCCGGGCCUGGCCUGCGGGGCAAAGUCUACGACUACUUCGUGCAGUCCGUCUCCGAGUCGGUGUCCAGGCGGACGUCCCUGCCCUUCGUCCCCGCGGGGACAUCCCAGAACCGAGGGGAGCGGGGCCAGGCAGAGCCGCAGAGCUCCGGAACCCAGGGGGAGAAUCCAGCUUUGGGAAUUCCUGAUCCCAACACCUCCGGAGCUGCCGAGGAGGCCAUGGAGAGCCCUCCCGAGCCGCCUUCCCCCGGCUGGAGCGGCAGCACCCUCGGGAUCGCCCCCCGGCUGCCCGGUGGGGCUCCAGCCGCGGCUCCUGAGCCCUCCCAGGGGUCUCCACCCGCCCGGGUGCACUUGGGGAACUGCUCCGAGGUUCUGCGCUCGGCCAAGGCGCGGCAGCUGCGGGGCCUGCAGGAC